GAUCUCCACAUGAAUUAUACGAUCGUUCGAGCUGAACAAACUUUUUCCUUGUGAUUCUUUGGAGCGUAUGCACGCCCCGCAUUCUUCCAUUAUAGCCAUUUCAUAAAGCGACUAACCGUUACCCUACUUACACCCAACAUGCUUCGUCCCAUGACGCGCUCUGUGUUCCUGACGCUAGGCAUCACUUUGCUUUCAAUCGGCACAGCGCUCAACAUACUCAGCACGCUAUAUGCGCGUCACGAAACCCCAGAAUACUCAUCUAUCGAAGAUUUACAUACAUACUGGGGAGAAAUCAGCGAGCUGCCGGAACGAAUCAACGACGCCGUGUUGAGAUUCCAGUUCGGGAAUUACAGUAUCACGUCGGACGACGAAUGGGCGUCUCUGACUCCUCCGCAUGGAGGUCAGAUCCUGCUGGACGGCAGCAAGUAUGAUGUCUCGUUGUACCUGCAGCUGAGGUGCUUGAAUACAGUCCGUGUUGCCUUUGUGACACUUCGAGACAUUUUCAACGGCGAGUCACUGGCACGCGACAUUAAUUCCAUCGACUCCAAAGAGACGGAGUAUUGCCUGGACGUUCUAAGGCAGACAGUACAAUGUACCGCAGACAUUACGCUGGAGCCUGGCCAGGUGCUCGUUUUGUCGGAUGGUUCAACUGAUAUGGGAGUAUCCGGAAAUCAUGUUGAUCACGUUUGCAGGGAUUGGGUCCAAGUGAGGGAGUUCGUUGAAAAUAACCAGGAAUCAUGGGAUCGUUAGAGGAUGUGUAGGUGGUCAACCGUCGACCGUCGUCGUUGUAGUGCGUCUUCUAAGCUGAGGUCAACUAUCUCCUAUCCGUAAUUGGCAGCAGG